GGGGGGGCGGUGAGAGAGGCAGGCAGACAGGCAGGCUGCUGCUAUCAGGGAAUACUGGUGCCAUUUUCAGCAUCGCAGGGUAAAAGGAUUGAGCCUCGCCGCUGUACGCUCGGCUCGCCUCGGCUCAGCUCAGCUCGCCUCGGCUCAGAAUAGCUGAACAAGCGGGGGAUUGAAGGGACAACAAAACGAGGAGAGAACGGCUGACCCCUAACAGAGAACCCCUAACCCCCCUUCCCCCUUUCCCAUCUCACCUCACCUCCCCCUCCUUGCUCUGGCUACAGACGGAGAGAGUUAUGCAGUCGUUCCGUGAGCGCAGCGGUGGUUACCACAGCAACCAACCCUGCUACCAGCAGGAGCCCCAUGAAUUAUCCCGCCUGGAAACCUACCGCCAACACCCGCAUCAUCCCCACCCCCAGCACCCACACCCAGGUCCCGGUCCACAUCCAGGUCCAGGCCCAGGCUCAGGGCAUGCCAGGUCAGGCUAUGAGGCUCAUUCACUGGGGAACCCAACGAGCAUGCCUCCAGCUGGAGGACCAGGAACUGGAGGAGGACCCAAGGACUGUUAUAGCCAGCAAGCCUACCCUGGUUACCCAGGCAAUGGUGGAGGGAAUGGGAGUGGAAAUGGAGGCUCAGCACCCUCGCAGGCAAAGAAACCCUACAGGGGAAGCAAAGUGCCCCAACCAAACCCCAGUCAGCACCUACAAGGCCCUGGGGGCUAUAGUAACCACAUGGGCCCUGGGAAUUACUCAGCCCAGUAUAUGAGCGAGGGCCACCUCCAGCAGAAAUGGGAGGACCCAGCCCAGUUAGCACAGUAUGAUCAGGAGAUGGUGGGACGUAUGGAGGCUGGUGCUACCCCUGCACCUGGCUCCUCCCAGUACAUGGAACAGAACAUACUGGGCCACUCCCAGACCCAGUGCCACCAGCCCUCCACCCCUGCCUAUACCAGCCCCCAUCACCAGCCCCACAAUCCUAACCCUGCCCCAUCCCCUCUCAUGUACCCCCAGAGUCACCUGCAUUACACCCAGCACUCACCCUCCCCUUCGCCAUACAUGGAAAAGUGUAGCCCUAUGCCUCACUGUUAUAAAGGUUACAAUAUGCCCCCCAACUCCCAGUAUGGGAGACAAAUGAGCCACAGCAAUCUGAAGCAGGGGGGUUACAGGUCGACCCAGAACAGUUACGGCUAUCAACAGCCUCCAUCCAGAGGUUAUGAGCAGCAGCCCUCUUUACAGGCCAUGACCAACCCCCAGGAGCCCCACACAAAAUACCAACACUACAGCCAACCCCAACAAAACUACUGUCUCUCAGAGCUGUCUGUCAGAUCACCAGAACAGUAUUAUCAGACUUGUAGCCCCUCCUCAAGCCACUCCCCUGCACGCUCUGUAGGGCGCUCCCCCUCAUACAGCUCCACCCCUUCACCACUAAUGACCAAUCCAGAAUCGUUCCAGUAUGGCCAACCUCCCAUGACCCCUGGGGCAGCCUCCUCUUCUUCAUCCUCUUCAGCUGGUAUGCAGGAGCAAGGCAGUACCAACACCAUGUUAAUGCCCCCACGCUCACACCCCUCACCCAAUGUGCCCCAUGCAGCCCCCCACAGUUACACUACCACACCGCAGGUCCCCACCAUGAAAGAACGCUUUUCAGAGAAACUGUUGUCAAACCCCAGCUUGUGGAGCCUGAAUGCCCUCACCUCUCAGGUAGAGAACAUCUCUAAUAAUGUCCAGCAGCUGUUGCUUUCAGAGGCCCUGGUGGCCAACAAGAAAGGCAGUAAGCGCAACAGUGGAGGGAGCAACAGCAGUGCUGGAAGUGUAGCAUCCUCCAAAAAGGGUGAGGAGUACAAAAGUCCUCCAUAUCCAGAUGCUGGUGUUAGUAGUGUAGGUGGAGGCGCCAUGCAGGACCCUUACUCUACCCCACAGCACCAGCCAAUGCCCAUGGAACUCCACGAGGGUGGCUACUCCAGCAGUAGUGAUGAACAACUGGAGAGAGGUUACUACUACUGUGGCCAGGGCAGAAGUCCAGCACAGGCACCCAGUAAUACACAUCUCAGCCUGGACACAACCUCUUCAUGCUCCAUGACAUCUCCAGAUGAUAUGUCCACUAGAUCUGGGGACUCAGGCCUGCACAACCUUACCCCUGACCCUACCAGAUGUCAGUCAGGGCAGGGAGGAGAUAGCAUGAGUACUCCAGUGAAGACCUUUGGUGAUGAAAGGUCUCCUACAAGCAUAACAAUCCCCAGUCCCUUGAAACAAGAAAGGGACUCCCCUUCACAUAUACAGCAUAUAAAUGAACCUGUCAAAGAGAACUUUGAAGAAUCAGCCUGGACAGAGAAAUCAGCUGACAAAGAGGAGGUGACAACAGAAAAAAAACCUGACUGUGAGAGAGAUUCAGACACAACUAAAUCUACAGAGAAUCUGGAGAAAUGGUCAGAUGAAGAGAAAUGCCCUGCUCUCUACAGCAAAGUAAACAAAGAGGUGGCAGAAAAAAUCUAUUGCUAUAAGGAGACAGUGUACCAAGGGGUCCAGAGCAAAUAUGACCCUGAUGCAAGAGACUCAGUUGAACAGUCCCCAGCAGCUCUCUCUGACUCCAGUCAGAAGGAACACUUUGGCCAAGAGAUGAAAUCAGAGGUAUUUAAAUCCGAGUCUCCAACUGCUUCUGAGAGCUCAGUGAAAACAUUGCCUUUCAUUUCUAGGGGUGACCUUGAACAGGAUCAAUAUUCCACAGAGAAAGAGGACAGCUCAGAGAAUACCUCUCCAACCCCCCAAGUUGAUGCCUUGGACGAGAGCAACUCAGACAAGAGAGAGAGCAGAGAUGACGAGGAUGAAGAAGAAGAGGGGGAAGGUGAGGAGGAGGCCGAUGAAAUACAGAAACAAAAGCAACAUUCUCUUUCCCCUCCUGUGUCUGCAGAGGUUUCAGAGGAACUGGGGGAGGGGGAAAAAGUCAGUCAGUCAUCGACUGAAGAGCACAUGAAUAAUAGAGAUGGGCCAGAGAAGCCUCUUGGAGAUCACUGCAGCAGGACAGAGAGAGAGAGUCAGAGUACAGAGCUUCAUACUGACAAUGAGUCUGCUGGGGCACCUGCCCAUCCAAAUGCAGCAGCAGCAACAGCAGCAGAUGCUUCUGCAAGAGAGUCGGCCAUUGGUGACACUGCUCCUCAGCCUCAGUCUGCUAUGCCAGUCUUCUCAGCUCUUAAUGACAAGGCUACACCACCAGCUCAGUCCAGGGAUCAUAUUGAUCACAGUGAUGCUAAAGUGCUGGAGCCAGACUCUCCUCAGCUGCCAGGGAAGUCAAUACUUCCCUCAGCCCCCUCCUGGGCAGACACUCCACCCUCCCCAAAAAAAGGUGAUGAAGACAUGGAGCCAGGCAUCAGCUGUGCCAGUGCUGUGACCCCCUUGGCCAAGCCAGAGCCUGUGGCCCCAUCUGCUCAGCCGAGGGCAUUUGGACGUAAGCAUGCCCGGGGCAGAAGAAGAAUCAUGCAUUCAGGUGCGGGAAUCAGGCGACAGCUAAGUUUGGGAAGGGAGGGAGAAAAAGAAGAGGAAGGAGCCCCCUCGCCUACACAGAAACCCUGCAUGCCUCCAAGCAAGACUGUGCUAUUCUCAGACCAAAUGGACCUAGCUCAUCAAGAAUCUAUUGUGAGCCACACUCCCAAAAUGCUAACUGAUGGUUUUCGUUCAAGAAUGUGCACUCGCUCAUUCAAUGCACCAGACUUGCCUCCCAAAGUUGAGCCUCAUGUGAAGAGAAAACCAGGCCCAAAACCAGGUUCAAAGCCUGGGCUCAAACCAGGACCAAAACCUGGACUAAAACCAGGGCCAAAACCAGGAGCAAAACCAGGUCCAAAACCAGGGCCUAAACCUGGCCUAAAGCCUGGACCAAAAUCAGGGCCAAAACCUGGACUUAAACCAGGACCAAAACCAGGACCAAAACCUGUGCCAAAUGAACCAGAGCUGCCAACGAAAAUAGAGACUCCUGUGAAACGAAAACCAGGACCUAAACCAGGUUCAAAACCUGGGUCAAAACCUGGACCAAAACCUGGUCCAAAACCAGCACUAAAACCAGGUCCAAAACCAGGACCUAAGCCUGCAGAUGUUUUGCCCCCUGCUGACACUGCACCUAUCAGGGCCCCAGUUGGUCGUCCCAAAGGCUCAGUUUCUAAAGCAAAGCUCGUACAGUCAGAAGAAAUCAUUCAGCCUUUGACAGGACUGCAAAGCAGGGGCAGGGGCAAGGGCAAUCUAAAAUCUACACUAUUAAAAGUAAACCAGGGUGUAAAACCAGUAAACGAAGAGGAAAAACAAGCAAACCACGAGGCAAAGGCACCAGAGAAGGAGGGUAAGAAUAUGGUCUUAAGAUCCAGAAAGCCCCCGCAAGAAAAACUGUCAAAAGAAAAAGGAAAAAUUGUAGGAGAAGAUAUUCUACCCCAGACACUGACAGAAAUUAAAGCCAGUGAUGUUUCUCCAAAAGUAGAGGAACCUGUUACUGUGGAACAAACUGUAACUCUCAUUCCUAAUGCAGUCAAAAACCAAGAUGUUUCAGCAGAACCACCUGCACCCCUUUCCCAACCAACCCAAACUGAACAAUCUGAAGAAAAGAAAUCACUUCCACUAAAACGGAAACCUAGCCCAGACCUUUCUUCAAUGCCAGUAAAGAAAAAAAGGGGUCCAAAGCCCAAACCAAAACCCUUACCACCUCAACCCCCCCUGCUGGAACCGGUUGUCUCUACACCUAAAGAGAAGGGUGUCCGGGGCCCCAGAAGAAAGCGAGGGCCACCCAAGAAAGCCUCUGUGGUCAUUCCCCCACCUAAAGACACUACUCCCAUCAGUGAAACUGACAUCACUAAUGAUGUGCCUGUGGUGCCUCCUCAAUGCCCCACUAAAACAAAAGUUCUUCCACCACGCAAAGGAAGAGGACAGAAAUAUGAGGCCAUGGUGCAGAAAAUUACAUCUCCUAGUUCGAAGAAACAUCUCCCAAUUCCCCAGAUAGACAGCAAUCUAACUGAUGAUGUGACAACCAAGGCUUUGUCUCAACAUGUCUUAAAGGAAGGUGAGACAUCUAUGCUCAUAAAUAGCACUGAGAUGACAGAGGAAGAAGUGAAAAGCAUAGAGUCUAGACAAGAAGAAGUGAAACCACUGAGAAAAGAGGAGAUGACACAAAAAAGAGAAAAGCUCAGUGAAGAGGCCUCGACGCCAGAGGAGGUGAGACAAGGGGAGGGAGAAGAGGUUGUUAAUAAGGAAGAGACAAGACAGGAAAACAUUAAGCCAGCUACACAGCAGGAUGUUGGCACUGACACGGUUUGGAGCUCAAUGGAGGCCCCAGUAGAAGUCAAGCCUCCAGGAAAGUGGACACAACAGGCCUCAGAAGGUAUAUCUUCUGUUGCCACUAAGUCAGCCAGAACUAAAAGAAAGAGAUGGGCCAUGGUAGAGAGUACAGAUGCCUCAGUAAUAGCCUUGGAAGCAGGGAGCCUAAUAGUUACAACGCCAAGGCUAGCCAAGCAGAGAGCCAUUAAAAACAACCAUGAGAUGCACCUAAAGCAGAGGAGAAAGAAGAGAAAAGGCCAAGCCCCUCUGGAAGAAAUAAAGACAGUUGAGGAGCCAAAUAUUGAAACAGAAGAACAACAAGAGAGGGUAGAAGAGAAGGCAACCCCCACAGAGUCCACAGUACCUCUGCCAAUCAGCCCAGAUGAUAUCACAGAAGCCCCCCAGGUUACCUGCACAGAACUCAUCCAGAAACCUAGAAGAGGCAGAAAACCAUCAGCAAAUCCAUCCAAGAGGAAACGAGGCAAAGCCUCAUCAGAGCAGGUUCCUGGCAAGCCAAUUAAGGUCCACAAAAAGCCUGGGCCAAAACCUGGGAUGAAAGACGCCAUCGAGGUUAUUGAGGCAGUAGUAAGGGCUGCGGGAUGUGAACGGGCUGAAAAAGAAGAGAGAGAAAAAGAAGAAAGCGAAAGAGAAAAUAAGAAAAAACAGACGGCAUGUAUCGUGGGUCCUGUAGUGACAAUAUCAGAAAAACAGACUGAAACCAUUUCUGUGAAAAGAAUCAGGCGCAAACCAGUCCAUCGAAAUUCUAAACUGUCUUUCUGUCCUUAUGUACGGAUCAACAACUCCAGAGACUUUUCCUCUUGGUGUGCCAUUGUCAACAAGCCUGAAGAUGCAGUAAUAUUUCAGAGACGUAGAAAAAAGGGCAUACUCAGAAUGAGGAAUCCUUUCACAGUUGCAAAGGUAGUGCCACACACUGCUGCCAUGCUAAAGGGACCCUUGGUGAAUAAAAAUCUAAUUGACAGGUGUCUUACAUGUAGCCUGUGUGGAAAGCCAGCAAAUUACAGGGACCUAGGUGAUUUGUGUGGACCAUACUACACAGAGGAUGGCGUUCCGCGGAAAAUUUUGACGAUCAGGCACACAGAAUCCCUCAGGGAAGAGUCAGAGAAGACCAAUGAUAACAACAGUAGCAGCACUGAAGAACCAGGCAGCUCCUCAAAGAAUGAGGAUGAGGGCAGCACAGAAAAGGAGGGCAAUACAGAAGCAUCCGCUCAAGAGAGCAGCAGUAGCAGACACCAUCAUUGGCGCUACAGACGGGCAGAAAGAACAGAAAGAACGGGUCAGGAGGCUGGUCCACGAAGAAUAACUCUCAGAGAGAGGUUCAGGAGGGUGAAGCAGCUCCAGGCCAUCAGCACAGGAGCCUCAAGUGACCAAGGGAGCAGCGACAGCAUGUUCCAAAGGCUACAAGCGGAGGCAGAAGCUAAGGAGCACUGGGCGCAUGAAAAUUGUGCCAUCUGGACUAAGGGGGUAAUUAUGGUAGCUGGGAGGCUGUACGGACUGAAGGAGGCUGCCAACAACUCAGCCCAAACGAGCUGCUACAAGUGCCAGAUUGUGGGGGCGUCCCUCAGCUGCUGCUGGAGAGGCUGCUCUCAUAAAUACCACUAUGUCUGCGCCAAAGAGAUAGGCUGCACAUUCCACGAGGAUGACUUCUCCAUCAAAUGUCCUAAACAUGAGGACCUGUAAGAUAUUCCAGCACACCACCUCUCAGCCAGUCAAGCAUCACCUAUCCAGCAAGGCAAGCAAAAAUGCUGUCCUAACAGCCACCUAUACCUAAAAACAUAGUGAUGACUGAUGCCGGACAAGCACAUUGGCCAGUGGGGCUGGGGGAGGGUAAAAGGCUGCACUGAGGUGGAGCUUGGAGCAAUACAAACCCUGGAGAAUGGCCCCGCAGAGAAUAGCUGCUCCCUGAACCCGGCCUGGAAAUGUGUUUUCUACACGGAGCCCCUUACUGGAACGCAGAAGGCAGCGGCACUGUUUAACAGGAGGAUAGACUGCGCUUUAGAGACUGUGUGCCUAGGGCCCAGUGCACGGGGGGGCUGUUUGAAAUGCAGAGCGAGGAAUAUGUGUGUGUGUUCUGCCUUCGGAUGGGUUGCUAUCAUAUUCAGACACCUGGCGGACACUGAUUGGACAGGAGCAUCCCUCUGGGUACCUUGACUGUGAUCCAAGAGGUGUGAAUGCUUGUGUGUGUGUGUGUGUGUGUGUGUGUGUGUGUGAUAAUCAUAGAAUUGUCAUUCUACAGCCACAUCAUCAGUGUGUUUGUGCAUAUGUGUCUGUGUGAGUGAAGAAGUUCAUCUCCAAUUCAAGAUGUCAUGCAUCAAAAAAACAACAGCCAACCACUGGAUGUACUAUCUCAAUGUGUGCGUUUGUGUUUAAAACAAGAUGAAACAAAAAAGGAAACUGUACAUGAUGAUGUGCUUUACAGGUUCUAAAUAUUCUGAUAUUGAAGAGUUAAGAAAAAAAUGGACACAGUAUUUUAUUAUAAUGCUCUUAUCUUCGGAGAUGUAUUUUGAUGUGCAUUAUGACUAUACGACAUCAUUGCGUCACCCUUGGUAUAUGUCAGGCUUUGUGUUAUUCCAAAAUUAAAAAAGAAAAAUGACAAAAAGAAAAAAAAGACAACUCUGUUUAAGAGUGUUUUCAACUGUGUGCACAUUCAAUAUGUACAGUAGACGCCGUCAUCAUCACUAGACAGUUUGCAGAUCAGGGCUCCAAGGGUCCAACCGGGAGUCAGGUCAUCUCACUUCAUAUCUAUGUACAGUUCAUAAGUAUUACUGUUACACAUUGCCAUCAUGUAUGAUUAUUUCACUAACCACAGCAGUGCAGAAAGAUAUACAUUCUAUUCAGAUUUCAUAACACACCUGUCUGUGUAUCUCAAAUGUAGCCUCUUUCACUCUUCCAUGCUAUGUAACAAUGCCCUGUACAGGGCGACAGUUAAAGUACUGGUCAUAUCAAAAGGAGACAUAUUUAAGUAUUAGAGCAAAAAAGAAAGUGCAAAACCGCCACACCAAACUUGCUCUUUUAUGAAGCUCAUUAUUUAAUGGUGUAUAUAAGUAUUUGAUGCUGUUUAAAUGUAAGAUGUGAUGUACUAAUAUAAUUGUGUAUAGUAUUUCCUAGAGAUGUUUAUUUUCUAUAAAAUGGAAUAUGUUAUUGCUUAUAAAAUGUUAUUAAAAGAAUCCAUUGAUGAAAAAAUAACGACCUUUUUUGGGAAUGUCACUUGUCUUUAGUUGGAGCAUGCCGUUUUAUUGAUUUUCAUGUCUCUUUGUUUGGAAUCGAUGACACAGCAUCACUUUGUUUGAAAUGUUUUUUGUAACGCCAAUGUUAAAUAUACCAGCACCUUUCAAUGCUGCUAUGACAAACGCCUGCUCUU